AUGUCGGGCGUCGGGGAAAUUCUGAAAGCGGUUGGUGAUUUUGGGCCGUUUCAGAAACGGCUGGUGCUGCUCACCUUGUUUCCAUGCCUCAGUGUGGCUUUCCACCAGUUUUGCCAACUUUUUAUGGUUUCAAAUGUGCCACAUUACUGUGACACCAGCUGGAUCCUUGCCGUCUGCCCCAACCUGACCGAGGAAGAGCAGCUGAACCUCACCCUGCCCCGGGAUGCAGAUGGGGAGUAUGUCCGGUGCUCCAUGUACUCGCCGGUGGACUGGGACCUUGACUCCAUCGUGGUGUAUGGCCUGAACACCACGGAGAAGUGCCGCAGCGGCUGGGUGUACCCCUCGGCACCACCGCCGUCCCUGCUGACCGAGUUUGACCUGGUGUGUGACAGGAAGGACCUGAAUGACAUCUCCCAGUCCAUCUACAUGGUGGGGAUGUUGCUAGGAUCCAUCAUAUUUGGGCCACUGAGUGACAGGAUCGGCCGCCGGCCAGUCAUUCUGAUCUCCAUCUUCCUCCAGGGCUUGUUUGGUGUAGGGAUUGCCUUUGUGCCCCAUUUCUACGUGUACAUGGCCUUCAGAUGCGUCGUGGGGGCUUCGGUGUCAGGGAUCACCAUGACAAUACUGGCCUUGGCUACAGAAUGGGUUGGUGUCUCCUCCCGGCCCAAGGCAGUGCUUACUUCUCACUGCUGUUUCGCCAUCGGGCAGAUGCUUUUGGCUGGCUUGAGUUACGGUAUUCGGAACUGGAGGCUGCUGGAGAUUGCCGGAUCUGCUCCCAUAUUUGCCUUUUUCUUCUGCGUCCGGGUCCUGCCAGAAUCAGCUCGGUGGCUGGUGACAAAAGGCAGACUAGAAGAAGCUAAGAAGAUCCUUCAGAAGGCAGCAUCCAUCAACAAGAGCACCAUUCCACCAGGACUCCUCGAGCAGUUGAAGCCUGAGAAACAGACCAAGUCUGGAAGUACUUUGGAUCUCUUUGGGAAAAAGCACCUCCGGAAGGUGACUUUAAUCAUGUCAUGCGCCUGGUUUGUGAACAGCCUUGUCUACUACGGGUUGAGUCUGAACGUGACCAGUUUUGGUCUGGACAUCUACCUGACACAGCUUGCGUUUGGAGCAGUGGAAAUCCCAGCCCGUCUUGGUUGUAUCGUCAUGCUGCAGUGGUUCGGGAGGAAGAAAACCCAGUCUGUCCUCCUGCUGCUGAGUGGCCUGGUGUGUCUGAUCAUCACUGGCAUCCCUGAAGACCAGCCUGUGGUGACCACUGUCCUGGCCGUCAUCGGCAAGUUCACCGCCUCGGCCUCCUUCUCCACCUCCUACGUCUACUCUGCAGAGCUCUUCCCCACAGUCGUCAGGCAGACCGGCGUGGGGCUGUGCUCGAUGGCGUCGCGGGUGGCAGCGAUAAUGGCCCCCCUGAUCCGCCUCCUGGGCCAGUACCACCAGGCCAUCCCCAUGGCCAUCUACGGGAGUGCCCCUGUGGUGGGGGGGCUGCUCUGUGUCCUGCUGCCUGAGACCCGCGGCACCGAGCUGGUCUGGGAAAACACCAACAGCAGCUCUGAAAACGGACACGUGAAAGGAAAAGAUGGUGGCCAAGACGAGACAAAGACUACGUACUUCUAG